ACCGCAGUUGAGCCUGUUAGGUGAGCUGUAUCAAGAUGAUACUGUUGGUCUCAGUAUUUAGAGAUACACAGUUAAUUAAUGUCCAGUGGUCAGAUUCUCUCGGUAAAACUUUCAUUAAAUUCUUACAGGAUUUAAUUUAUCUAUUUUUUCGGACCUAAGAAGGAAUCUUUUAAUAAGGAACCCAUCUGAGUGCUAGAUGAUGAAACAAAGCAGCUCUCUGUCACAAUUCUUUGGAGUUACAGAGAGAGAGUGGGAAUCCGAAGAGAGGGGCCCUGUCAAGCCCGCACAGAAUUGUGCCGUGAAGAGAACCUUCUCCGGACCCCUGCAGCUCCCGCGGCUGUCAUGUCGGACCACUGUCCAGUGUGUCAAAAGCAGGCUAGAGAGUCCUAGAGACAGUGUCAGGCAAGCCAACGUUCUACAUUGAUGUAGCGGACAUGGACACCGGCUCAGACUGUCUUCAGAAGACAUGUGAGGCCUGUUCAUGUGACUGGUAGACUUGUGAGUAUGUGAAAAGCAAACAGAUUUCUUGGAGCAAAUUUUGGGCACAAUCAUUCCGCUGUGCUCUCUUCUGCGCCUUUGUUGAGGGCUGUUGUUCAAUAUUUACAUGUCAGGGGACUUAAAAAGGAAGUAAUUAGCAAGGAAAGCUUCUAGUGGAUGGCUGUGUGGCUGUGCCAUGGUACUUGAGCGCUGUAAAUGGGCCUGCCAUAUUUAGGCGGCGAGAGGGAAGGGCCUUAAAGUUAUGUAAACAAAGUCGGUUCACAGAGGGAGGGAUUCCACUCUACUGAUGGCCUGGUCCAUUAACUGUGCACCAAAGUUGUGUGUGUAAUCAAAGCAGCGAAGGACUGGCCAUGUUUUAAGGCUCUGCGUUUCUGAUAAACACGGUUACGCAAGUGGACCUAAGGAGCACGCUCUCCCACAGCUCGUGUCAGUGGGAAGAAGACAAAGCGGCCGGACCUCUCCAGUUGUCGACGGGCCCGUCUGAGGACAGGUCGCUGGUGUCAAAGGGCUGACGAGAGACGAGGUGACGGGCGGACGGACGGACACACGCACGGACGGACGCACGCACGCACGCGGCGGGGGGCCAUGAGCGAGGUGUUGUCGGAGAGCUCGGAGGAGGAGCGCGCGGUCAGCCGAGCCGCACUGCCCAAGCUGAAGACCCGAUCGAAGGGCAGCUCGCCCACCGGCUCCCCCAGGAUGUCGCCCCGCGACUCCCCCCGGAGCUCCCCUCGCAACUCCCCCCUGCUCUUCCGACGCCUGAUGAUGAACCGGAGCAUCACCCAGCUGAGGCGCUUCACCUUGGCUCACACACCCAGUUUCGAUGUGGAGAAUGGGCUCUCGGUGGGCCGCAGUCCCCUGGAGGCCCAGACCAGCCCUGGCUCCGGCUCCGGCUCCGGACUGGUCCUGCAGGCCAACUUCCCCCACAGCCAGCGCCGCGAGUCCUUCCUGUACCGCUCCGACUCCGACUUUGACCUCUCACCCAAAGCCAUGUCGCGCAACUCCUCCACCGCCAGCGAACUGCAUGGAGAAGACAUGAUUGUCACACCAUUUGCACAGGUACUGGCAAGUUUGAGGACAGUUCGGAGCAACUUUGCUGUGUUGACACACCAGCAGGACCGUGUACCUAGCAAGAGGUCCUCAGGGAGCAACCCUCCUUCCCUAUGCAAGACAAGUGUUCCAGAGGAGCCCUUUCAGAAGCUGGCAGUGGAGACCCUGGAGGAGCUGGACUGGUGUCUGGAGCAGCUGGAGACUCUGAAGACACGCCACUCUGUCAGCGAGAUGGCCUCCAACAAGUUCAAAAGGAUGCUCAACCGAGAGCUUACACAGCUUUCGGAGACAAGCAAGUCAGGAAACCAGGUGUCAGAGUUUAUUUCGAGCACGUUCCUAGAGAAGCAACAUGAUAUGGAGAUCAUGUCCCCACCAACCAAAGACAAGGACAAGAGGAAGUGGCCCAUGUCCCAGAUCAGUGGCGUGAAGAAGCCCAGCCACAGCCCCAGCCUCGCUGUGUCCAGAAUCCCGCGCUUCGGGGUCAGCACCAAGCAGGAGGAGCUGCUGGCCAAGGAAUUAGAGGACAUCAACAGAUGGGGUGUGGACAUAUUUAAGAUAUCGGAAUAUUCUGGGAACAGACCAUUGACGGUGACCAUGUACAGUAUAUUUCAGGAGAGAGACCUUCUCAAGUCCUUCAAGAUCCCUGCAGACACCUUUAUCACCUUCAUGAUGACUCUGGAGGAGAAUUACCAUGCUGACGUCGCUUACCACAACAACAUCCACGCGGCUGACGUGGUCCAGUCCACCCACGUGCUUCUCUCCACGCCAGCACUUGAGGCUGUUUUCACCGACCUUGAGAUUCUGGCAGCACUAUUUGCCAGUGCAAUACAUGACGUGGAUCACCCUGGAGUGUCCAAUCAGUUUCUCAUUAACACAAACUCUGAGCUGGCGCUCAUGUACAACGACGCCUCUGUCCUGGAGAAUCACCACCUGGCUGUGGGUUUCAAGCUGCUGCAGGAGGACAAUUGCGACAUUUUCCAGAAUCUGAGCAAGAAGCAGAGACAGUCCCUUCGUAAAAUUGUCAUAGAUAUGGUCCUAGCCACGGACAUGUCGAAGCACAUGAACCUGCUGGCAGACCUGAAGACCAUGGUGGAGACCAAGAAGGUGACCAGUCUGGGAGUGUUGUUGCUGGACAACUACUCAGAUCGCAUCCAGGUCCUUCAAAACAUGGUGCACUGCGCCGACCUCAGUAACCCAACCAAACCUCUGGAGCUGUACCGUCAGUGGACGGAUCGUAUUAUGGUGGAGUUUUUCACCCAGGGAGACCGUGAGCGGGACAAGGGGAUGGAGAUUAGUCCCAUGUGUGACAAACACAAUGCUUCCAUUGAGAAAUCCCAGGUUGGUUUCAUCGACUACAUUGUCCAUCCCCUUUGGGAGACCUGGGCGGACCUGGUGCACCCCGACGCCCAGGAGAUCCUAGACACCUUGGAGGACAACCGCGAGUGGUACCAGAGCAUGAUCCCCCACAGCCCCUCUCCCACGCCCGAGGAGGAGAGGCCCGGGCUGCCCAUGCCCGCGGGUGCCGUCGGGGGAUGUGGCGCCACAGCGGGGGACAAGUUCCAAUUCGAACUGACCUUAGAGGAAGAGGGCGAGUCGGAUGCUGAAAGUCCCAGCGAGGACACAGAGUUUGUGGCCUCAGGGCAGGAGUCUUCCAGGACUGACCCCAAAGGAAUGCACCAGUCUCCCCACGUGAGGCACGCUCAGGCUGGUACGGCCGUCAGCCCCAGCUGCCGGACAUUGUCCCUGGAGAACCCCUCAGACAGCGACGAGGGCGAGGAGGACAGAGAACUUGACCAAGAAGGGAAAGGUCUGUCAUGCCUGAAGAUGGGCACAUAACACCCGGUGCACUUUUGCGUUGCUUCAUGUCUGUGCUUCCCUCCCCCUCCUGUAUCUCCGUCCGCUCCCGGACAUUCCUGGCUUCCUGGGACAAAGUGGUACCACAGCAUAGGAGCACAAAAGGAGCGAGAGAUUGCCUUCAGGAUAUCUGCACUUACACCGUAGUCAUCUUGCACUGGAGUUGGCCUGCUGUCUUCUUGAGACAGAAAGUGUUCUUCAAGCCUUUCUUUGUGUUUUCCUUCUGAGUUUCAAAAAAAAAAAAAAAAAAAUCCACUGUAUAAGGCUUAUAUUUCACACAGUUCAUGAGUACAGCUGUGUGUGAAUAAGCCACAUCAAGGUCUAUUGAACACAGCAAGGAUUUCUGAUGAAAUGUCUUUCCGUGUCAGCUUACAAAGAAAAAAAAGUAAUAAACCUGAAAACACCAUCAGAACCUUAACCGUUUUAUACUUGUCAGCUGAGAUAACUGGGUGAUGUAAAAGACGUUGCAUGAAUUUGCAUUUUGUACUGGUCAGUGUGUAUCUGAACACAGGGGGUUUUAAAACGGAUCAAAACACUACAAACUUAUUUAGCUCUGCCUGAUCAUAGAAAACAAAUCUGAGCAUAACACAAACCUCAGGACAAGGAGGACAGAUACUGUCAUGUUGUGGCGGCUCUUACACCAUUCUUAGUGGUGUCCUGCAUUGUGAUCAUUUCAGUUUACUGACUUGCCAUGCUUGUGAUUGAGCUCUACUGUGUAUCUGGCACCACCCAGUGUUUAAGAAUUGAACUUACACCAUAAAUACAAGACCGAACCGAAUAUGAUUUAACCUCCAUAGACACUAUAUGGACAUUUCUCCUGCAUAUUGCGUUGCUUACUCAGCCAAGACUUGCGUAAGUGGACACACAAACCAAAUCUGUUCUCAAUAGUUAACACUAACACUCUGAAGUGUUUGUAUGAUUUUAUUUGUUUAUUUCAUCUUGUUGCUCAGAUGUUAUGAUCUGUUUAUUUUUUUAUUUUGAUUUAUUUAAACAAGAUAUGCUCUGUGUGUGCUCUGUUUUACCAUCAUGUAAUCAGCUUGACUCCUUGUGUAGCACUUUACAUCUUUAUUCAUUGCCAAAAGUCACCCUGCUAGAUAGGGCUGGAGCCAAACUACACUUGCAUAUGGUGCCAACGGUUGCAAUUACCAUAGAUAACCAGCACUUCUCUUAUACACCUCUUACAAUAUUAGCAUUAAAAUGUUUUCUGUAGACUCUUGGAUGGGUACAGGCUCUUUUAUAUGGUAUAUUGGAAGGGGCUCAGUAUUGGAAAAUUCAGGGAGAAUUGAUUUUCACAUUUCUCUUCAGGGUUGUAUCUAUCUGCAAAAAAAUAAAUAAAUAAGAAAUGACCAUUAAUUGGUGGUAGUACCAAUUCAGUUCCUUAUGCAUCCAUUUGGAAGCUAUCGGAAACAUAAAGUUAUAUGAGGUUAUUUGAAUAAAUCUGAUUGCAAAGGCAUAAAACUAAAUCAAGGGCUGUUUUCAGAGCCAGACUUUUUUUCUUUCCUUUUGGCCAUUGAUCAAUACUCUGCUCUUCACAGGGACAUAGCCAAUGACAGUACAAGUGCCAAGCAAGCAUGACACAAACUGUACUGUAAUUUCCAUUUUGCCACUGGCUAAUUUCCAUCAAUGACUGCAAUGUUGAUAAUAUCUGUGUGUUCAAAUUAUAUUUGACCUCUGUUUAAAUUAGCCAUAUACCUUAAUUGUCUCCACCAUGGCAUGUAGCUUCAGAUGAAAUAUGAAAACUCUCAUGAACAUUCAGCUUUAGGACCUGAAACACUUAUGGUACUACUGUAGGUAGGCUACAUUAUUAAGCACUGACUAUUCAUCUUAAGGCUUAUUUGGGAGAAAUAAAAUUACUUUGACAUUGCUUUUUAUUUCUCAGUGAAAUUGUGCAUUGUUUGAAAUGUUCACACAGAAAUAAAGCUUAAAACACAGGUAAGUUUGUAGAAAACAUGACGUGAACAAAACUUCUCUGUCAAGGUAGCCUAAUAGGCCUACGGAACGGUGUUUCUUUUUGUCUUAACGUUAUAUCUCAUCAAUGUUAAUAUAAGCCUUGAAUAAUCAUUGCAGCUCUUAAUUGUGGCACUGUGGGAUUUUCAGUACUACCUGUACAACGCCUGAAACUAAGCUCUGAACUUUGUUGUUAUGAAAGGGAUAUCCUUGACUCUUUUUCCGUAAAAAAAAAGGUGUUUUCUGUCUGCUGUUGAUUAUUUUAUAUAUCCUAACCACUCUGAUACUAAGUAUUUAUUCUUUUAUAUAUAUAUAUAUAUAUAUAUAUAUAUAUAUAUAUAUAUAAAUCUGUCAGUUAUACUGUUAUGUGUGUAGACUUUAUUGAAUGCUGAGAAUUCCGUCAUGGGCCAAAAUAGGGCAGAUUUUUACAGGUUCACCAGUUGCUUUGUGUUCUUGAUCACCUUCACGAAUUUUCAGGUCAUUGUUAGAGAUGCUCCAAUAGAGUAGGCUAGAAAUUUGUUCCAAGACCAUGAAUUGCUGUCCCCAUGUCUACCCUGGUCUAAAAUCUGCUGCAGUCUUGACAAUCCAAAUACAACUGUUUACUACAUGUUGGUAAUUUAUGUUACUGUACUCGUUCUUCUAUGCCAAUAAAAGCAAAGACUCUUUAUGCAUAA